GAGCUCGGAGUCGAGCCGCUGCUCCUCCACAUUGAGAGGAGUCAGCUGAGGUGGCUUGGGCAUCUGUACCGGAUCCUCCUGGACGCCUCCCUAGGGAGGUGUUCCAGGCAUGUCCCACCGGGAGGAGACCCCGGGGAAGACCCAGGACACGCUGGAGAGACUAUGUCUUUCGGCUGGCCUGGGAACGCCUCGGACUCCCCCCGGAAGAGCUGGAGGAAGUGUCUGGGGUGAGGGAAGUCUGGGCAUCCCUGCUGAGGCUGCUACCCCCGCGACCCGGGAACGGAUAAAGCGGGAGAAGAUGAAUGAGAACCUAAACUCUGCGCGAUGUCGGCAGAAGAGAAACUAUGAUAAAAAUCGGCGAGACAUUGAGUUUCAGCCAUCAAACAGAGUUUGGAUCCGAGCCCAUCCCCUCUCCAAAGCCGAAAAGUCCUUCACUGCGAAGCUAGCCCCUAAAUGGCAAGGACCUUAUAGAGUGGUGCAGCAAGUUGGACCGGUGAAUUAUCAGGUGGUUCUGGAGGAUUCAGGGCAGGACCUGAAGGUCGUCCAUGUUUCCCGGCUGAAGCCCUGCUACCCCUCUGCUCAAGAGAUGGAGGAGCGGGAGCGUAAGCGCGUUUUGGAAAUCUUUCUGGAAGACUCAGAGGAAGAGGACUUCCUGGGGUUCCCAGACACCACCUUUUCUGCUUCCCGGGGUGGAUGGGAUGGAUCUGGAGGACGACAAGAGGAUGACUAUCCUGAUUGCUCCUCUGAGUCAGAAAGUGACCCCCUUAACCCAAGUGUCAUCUAAGGCGAAUGCUAAACCCAUGUCAGGAUGACUACAGCGUCCUUACCCUUGGUCGGCUUUCACUAAGGGGGUAGGACUGUAGCGACCCAGCUGACCUGACGUCACAGUCCAUUCACAGAUCCAGCCGCUCACGCCCCUCUCCAUUCACCCAAUAACCACACUGUAACUGUUUCCUGGUUGCCUGUAGGGUGGGGAUCCGUGGUAAAACCCGGAUUGGCUUUAUUUUGUAUGCUGGGAUACACAGUCGGGAAUGGAAUGACCGGAAUUCCUGGAGUAUAUGGAAAGGACUGAGUUAUUGGACUGAAAUACAAAGAAGCAAAUGGAAACUUGUGCUGUGUCUUGUUUGAAUGGUUGUUUAUUUAUUGUAUGUUGGGUAUUUGAAUCACUAUCACCUAUUGUUGUACGGGCUUAAGGUCUGUUUAUUUUGAGUUGAAAGUUAUUAUUAUUUGUCAGACAUGACUCUGACUGGCACCCCUUAAGACCAGCCCGUUACAAACUUCUAACUAUAGCAGACGGGGAUGUCCUCUCUCACCUCAGCCUUCUGUCCCCACCGCUCCACAGAACUCAGAUUCUGAGGUAACCACCACACUCACAGCUGACUUUAACAGACAAAAACAUUGUACAGUGUUGCAGAAGAUCUACAUGAUUGAGAAGCAAACAGCAUUCUUAAUAUCGUGUUGUUUGUGGCUGCUUCCAGUUUUAUUUGUUCACAACGGUCUUUUUGUUGUUCAUUUCCUCCUCAGGAGGAGCUCCAGGGUCCUGAUGGCCAGCUGGGAUUUCAGCAUGUCCUGAAGCUGGCCUGGGCAGAUGGAAGAUGGUGGAAGCCAAGAGUCUCCAGGGGCUCGGAGAGAGACGGGUAGACAGACUCUGGCAACGCCUGCCAGAGCAGGACAAGCGGACAGUCGUCUACCCGUCCAGACACCAGGACAGACAGUCCAAGGGUUCAAGGUAGCAAAGGGGAAGAACACUUACUGGGCGGGGAAGGAAAGUCUCCUGCGGUGAGUUUCAUUUCAAACAGCUCUGGUGCUUAUGUUGCCGUGUGCUGUAUUUGAACAGCGUCUCACCUCCACUGUCUUCCAGCUGCUACUCCCACUCAACUGGGGCCCUGCAGACGGGCCAGAUGCAGCCGCCUGGUGGAGGCCGUUUGCAGCAGCUCUGCCGUCUCCAUCCUGCCGCCACACGCGUGGGAGGAUCAUGAAGACCCGCUGGUCCCUCAUCCACGGAGACUACGUGUCCAUCAGGGAGACGGUGCUGGCAGCCCGAGGCUGAUGCUCAGACCAACAUUCAGCUCUUUGAGCUGAAUCAGAGGACUCUGUCGCAGUGGUAAGAGCUCCGUCACUGAUCCGGAGUCUGUACUUGGUUGGUGCUGGAGCAGGGAACCGGGAUCGUCCCUGCUCCGGCGUUGGCCAAGGAUCCUCAAAAACUGGAAACAGGACACACUCGCAUCGGGGGCACGUCGUACUGCGCUGCUGUUGGUGGCAAGUCUGUGACGGACUGGAAGGAGGGGAUGAAAGGACAAAAGAAAUGGAGGUUUUGUAUAUAAAUGUAUAUAGUUUUUUUUUUAAUAAUUUAUAUAUAGUUUUGUUUUUUUGUAUGUAAAUGUAUAUAUUUGUUUA